CUAAUUCUCUCUUCUGUGUUUCCUUGCCCAGUGUGUCGAGACUUUGCUAUUCUGGAGGAUCAUACCUUGGCCCAUAACUUACAGGAGCAAGAGAUUGAGCAUCACUUGGCAACGAACGUUCAGCGUAAUCGUCUGGUACAACAUGACUUGCGGGUGGCCAAGCAACUGCAGAAAGAAGAGGAUCUGAAAGCACGUGCUCAAAAACACCAAAAAGACUUAGAACGCCAGGACUGCGAGAUCGCUCAGGAAAUCCAGGGGAAGCUGGUGUUCGAGGCGGAGCAGCGCCGCAAGCAGGAGGAGAACGACGAGGACAUUGCCCGUCUCCUACAGCUGCAGGAAGAAAAAAAGCACAAGAAGCACUACCCAGAAUCCCAGGGACAUGCAGUCUAUGAAGAUAACUAUUAUGCAGAAAAUGGAGGCGCCAGGUUGAGGGGGACACAGCAAGCCAUGUAUGAUGCACCCCGAAGGGAACAGGAGUUGUCUGAUGCAGAGAUGGCUCGGAAGCUGCAGGAGGAAGAGCUCCUGGGUAAUGAGGCAGAUCAGAAGGCAGCUCAAGUAGCCCAAGAUGAGGAAAUUGCCCGACUCUUGAUGGCUGAGGAGAAAAAGGCUUUCAAGAAAGGGAAGGAGAGAGAAAAGUCUUCCCUUGAAAAGAGGAGGCAUGAUCAAGACUGGAAGCACGAUGCGAGCGAGUCCACGCGCUCAAGGUCAAAAGAAGGGCCUGAAAGUCAUCGACACAGAGGCAACAGGUCUUCAAGGUCACAGCCUCACCUCGAUGACUUUGAACGUUCUCGGUAUUACACAAGCCAGCCCAGCCCCUUGCGCCAGCUCCCCAGACCUGAGCAUUCUCCUAAAGGUUCCCGUAGGAAGCAGUAA